GACUCUGAAGGACCCGACUACAUUCCUCACCGCGCCUCGCGGCGCGGCGGUGGACUCCUACUGCGAAAAAGCCACCCUGACGGACUACGCCACGCAGCUCGUCUUCUUCGAAGAGUCGCAGUUGCUAUCCCGGCUCGGAAGCGCCACGCUGGAGGAGGACGGAGAGGGGGGAAGCGACGGCGAAAACGUGGCCGCGGGCAACGACGAGCACGAG